GCGGCGCCGAGAAUUCCAGGGCAAACCCCUCCCUCGCCGGCCGGCAGGGAGCAGACCCGGCCCCCGGCCACGGCCCCAGCCCCGGGGCCAGACCCCCGCUCCGCCACUCCCCGCGGAGGGGAAGGCGAGCGAGGGAAGGCAGGAGUGCUGCCGAUCCCCUCCUCCCGGCGCAGGGGGAGGAGGAAGAAGGGGAAGGAGCGAUCCCGGGGAGCCGCGGCGGCCGGCGCUGAGCUCGGCGGGGCGGGAGGGAGCGGAGCCCCCCGCGGCCCUGCCCGGCGGGAGGGUCUCGGCGGCGCGGGGGCGGUGCCACCGGAGCGGGGCGGUGGCUGGAUCCUGGAUCCUGCCCCGGGACGCCCAAGUUGCGGCGGGGCGGCCGCCGCCCCUGUCGUCUCUGCCGAUGUCCGUGUGACUCGGCGGCGGCGAGGAKGAGGAGGAGGAGGAAGAAAAGGAGGAGGAAGAAGAGGCAGGGGGCACCCUCCCGCCUGAGCGCCGCUGGCCGCCCCGCUCCGCUCCGCCGCGGCGGGCUGUUGUGCGAGAGAGACAGACACACACACACCCCGCGCCCCGUCCCGCCCCUCGCCCCGCAGCCCUGGGAGGCCGGGCCGGGCGCGGUGCUGCCGCCGCCGCCGCCGAUCGCGGCUGCCUCGGCCGGGCCGGCCCGGGCAGCGCUGCCGUCGCCGCUGCCUGAGGACGAGAAGGAGCAGGAGGCGGAGAGAGCGCCCCGGCGGGCAGCGGCGCAGCCAUGAGCGGCGGGGAGGUGGUCUGCUCGGGCUGGCUCCGAAAGUCCCCGCCGGAGAAGAAGUUGAAACGCUACGCAUGGAAGAGAAGAUGGUUUGUGCUUCGGAGCGGCCGCCUAACGGGGGAUCCGGAUGUAUUGGAAUACUACAAAAAUGACCAUGCCAAGAAGCCUAUCCGAAUUAUUGACUUAAAUUUGUGUCAACAAGUGGAUGCUGGAUUAACRUUCAACAAAAAGGAGUUUGAAAACAGCUAUAUUUUUGAUAUCAACACUAUAGACAGAGUUUUCUAUUUGGUAGCAGACAGCGAGGAGGAGAUGAAUAAGUGGGUUCGAUGUAUCUGUGAUAUCUGUGGGUUCAACCCUACAGAUGAGGAUGCUGUGAAGCCACCARUUAGUUCUUUACAACCAUCUGCUGAGUUACCCUUGCCCAUCAACACUUCACAACCUUCCACGCAAGCAGAAUCUUCCCUUCCUUCUCCCUAUCGCCUUAUUAACGUCCCCCCUCUGGAGUCUUCCUCUGGCCAAGAAGAUCCUCAAGACUACUUACUGCUAAUAAACUGUCAAAGUAAAAAACCUGAACCUAUGAGAUCUCACGCUGACUCCGCAAAAUCCAGCUCUUCAGAAACAGACUGCAACGAUAACCUGUCCUCCCACAAAAACCCCGCUCCGUCAGGGAGCAAGCACGCUGUGAACGGCUUCUUCCCGCAGCAGGGCGUCUACGACUCCCCACCUUCCCGCUCCACGCUGGCGCUGGCAGACUCCAGCCUCUACAACCUGCCUCGGAGUUACUCCCAGGAUGUUUUGCCCAAGGCGGCGUCUCCGUCUGGGACCGAUGCAGAAGGAGAGCAGCACGUUUUCAACGCCCCAUCAGCAUCGUCGCUGGACGCGCAGAUGAGGCACAUCUCCAUUAGCUAYGACAUUCCCCCCACGCCCGGCGGUACUUACCAGAUCCCGCGAACUUUCCCAGAGGGAACCUUGUCUCAGACUUCAAAACUGGAGACUAUUCCAGACAUCCCUCCCCCUCGGCCACCCAAACCUCACCAGGCGGCGGAUCGCUCUCCCGUGGAAACGUGUAGCAUCAGCCGCACCGCCUCCGACACCGACAGCAGCUACUGCAUCCCCAGCGCGGGAGCRCCGCCCUCGCGCAGCAACACCAUCUCCACCGGAGAUCUGAACGUCUUCCGGAAAGAAAUUAGUUCUCAAGACUGUUAUGAUAUUCCACGAACGUUUCCGAAUGACAGAUCUAAUUCACUGGAGGGCUUCCAUAACCACUUUAAAAACAGAAGCAUGUUGACAGUGGGAAGUGUUUCAAGUGAAGAACUAGAUGAAAAUUAUGUCCCAAUGAAUCCCAACUCUCCUCCACGACAGCAUUCCAGCAGCUUCACUGARCCCAUCCAGGAAACAAACUAUGUACCAAUGAUCCCAGGCACGUUUGAUUUUCCAUUAUUUGGAAAGCAAGUCCCUCCUCCUGCUCACAUGGGUUUCAGGUCCAGCCCAAAGACCCCUCCCAGACGGACGGUACCUGCUGCAGAGUGUGAGCCGCCACCAGUGGAUCGGAACCUCAAACCUGACAGAAAAGGUCAAAGUCCUAAAAUUUUAAGACCUAAACCACAUGGUUUAGAGCGAACUGAUUCACAAACCAUAGGUGACUUUACUACAAGAAGAAAGGCAAAACCAGCUCCACUAGAAAUAAAACCUCUGCCUGAAUGGGAAGAAUUACAAGCCCCAGUUAGAUCUCCUAUCACCAGAAGCUUUGCACGAGACUCCUCCAGGUUUCCCAUGUCUCCCAGACCGGAUUCAGUUCAUAGCACAACUUCCAGCAGUGACUCGCACGACAGUGAAGAGAAUUAUGUAUCCAUGAACCCAAAUCAGUCCACUGAAGACCCAAAUUUGUUUGGAAGCAACAGCCUUGAUGGAGGAAGCAGCCCUAUGGUAAAACCUAAAGGAGAUAAACAAGUGGAGUAUUUAGAUCUGGAYCUAGAUUCAGGAAAGUCUACCCCACCUCGUAAGAAAAAGAGCAGUGGCUCGGGCAGCAGCGUGGCAGACGAGAGGGUUGAUUACGUUGUGGUGGACCAGCAGAAAACGCUGGCCCUGAAGAGCACGCGGGAGGCGUGGACUGAUGGCAGACAGUCUACGGAGUCCGAGACACCCACAAAAAGCGUGAAGUGAAAACACUGCUUGGUCUUCAAAGAAUGGAAAGAAGUGAAUUUUGAAGAAUCACAGAACCACAAUGGCAGUGUUGUUCAGCUGUACAAUACCUGAUUCCCCGGGGUGGGAGUCRGUUCUUCACCGAACAGGAUGGAAGCCAAAGGACACUUUGAAUAUAUCAAAGGAAUUUUAAGAUCAUGAAUUGGCUCUGUGGUAUCUGGAAAAAUCUCAGCCUGUAAAUAACAUGUAAAAUAAUAUCACUUAGCUUUCAGAAAACCUUUUGUUCAGUAGUUAACACAUUUGUAGUAUUACUAUGUUUAUGCACUUUUUCAGUUACAAUGUUGGUUCAGGUAUUCCCAGUUAGUGUACCUUAAUGCCUAAUUCAUCUGGAGAAUUCUUUUUUCCUUACACUACUAUUCCUUACAAUUUUAGGUUAAUUAAGCUACAUGUAGAUAUGGAAAUUAAUAUUUGAACUUCAUUUUAACAACUCAAAWUUGAUUUUGCAGAAAUACUUUCACAAUUGAAUAAUCUACUUGAAAUGCCAAGAGAMGACCGUUAGUUACAUACUUGUUUAUAUUUAAUACACACAAGAUUAUUUGGAAGUCUACARGUUACCUUCCUAACAAAAAAUUGCUGUGAGUUAAUAAUAAUGAACUGUACUGGGUUUAGACCUACAAUCCUGGCUUAUAUGCUAGUUGUUAGUGGUGGAACUUCUAUUGUAUUUUAUUAAUGACAGUGUUCUGUGUUCAAUGGGUGAAGAUUCUGCAGGGUAGGAUCUUACACUUUCAAAGACUGAAUAAUUAAAUGUCAAGUAAGCCUGCAAACCACUGAUGGCAAGCAGUAAUAUUGUGAUCUCACACUUAUUAACAAGAAAUAACCUUUCUAUUAUUUACAGAAGGUAGAGUAUAUAAAUCAGGUACGUACCAAGCACUGUUGUGCUAAUACACUGAUCAGGUUUAGACAAUGAGCUUCAGUUUUGUACUGUUUAGAAGUUCUAAUGUCAGUUUUCAGUUCAAGAUUAAUGGGACAGUUUGACAUUCACUUUUUGUAGUACUAGCAAAAUACUGUGAUUUUGAAUUAGACAUUAAUUCAAAUGGAAAUACUAUGUUUUGACACCAUAGUGCCCUUCUUAUGAGCUCUAUUUUACUUUAAUCUCCUGCUUGGCCUUAUAUUUAAAUCCCUAUGCAACUGAUGUUUUGUAUCUCUGUUUUUAAAAUUAGAUAAUAUACCUAAAUGAUCCCCUUGUAAACCACUUGUUGCUCUUUCCUGGUACAGGAUUUUAAGCUCUGUAUACUGUGAUCCUUUAUUUUACUAUGCCAGUUCCAAAUAAUAAUCUGCCUUGGUUUAGAAACAUUUUUUGUUAUUUGGAAGAAGAUAGAGUUCUUUAAAUAAAUGAAUGAGUUAGGUCUAGAUAGAAAACUUACUAACACUUUUAUAUUAUACAAACACCCUCAAGUAAGUGGUUGGUUUCCUUUUCUUGCCCAAUUGUUUUAUUUUGUCCAGGUCAUUUAAAAGUUGAGCAUAAAGCUGCAUUGUUUUCUGGCAUGUUGGCCUUAGUAUUGUGCCUAAUCUACCAUCGGUUGUUUCUCUCCCCUCACAGCCACAAUCUACAUUAUGUAAAUUAUCUUAUUCUUAACAAAGGUUCUUUUAAAAUUAGUAAUAUUUUGAUGCUUUGAAUGUUCAUUAAAAAAAAAAAAAAAAAAGAAACUAAACACAAUGCAUUUUGAGGUGAAUUUUAAAUAAAUCAAGUUGUUCAGUUUUGAUGUGUAAACUCUGUCCUGUGAAGCAGCAAGCAGAUGUCAGUGUAUCUGGGAAGGUGCUUGGAUACCAACCACACUCUAUCAGAAUAAGAUUACUUCUUAGUACCUCUUAAAAAGCAAAUGUACAGCUAGAACAAUUUUCAAAAGAAAUCUCUGAUUUAAAACCCUGCACCAAGAAGCCAAAUGAUGUGAAUUCCCAGUYCUCUGGAAGCCAGGAGCAGUGAUGUGCCUGAGAGAAUCUGUCUCCUAGGUUGGCCUCCCUUGCUGAGCUAGUGAUAGAAAGUGGGUUUGCUCCAGGUUUGCUGAUUGUUAUUAUGAUUGAGAAUCCACUCUGAAUUUCUAGGCUUUUUCCCUUUCUUUUGUUAAGGAAAACAGAAGUUUCCACGCUGUAAACACAGUGUAUUGCUUUCUAAGUAACAGUCUACAAUUCCUCUCUAAUUAGAUUUCUAAGCAGUUUUUCCCCCUGUAUUCCAGUAAUACAUUUUCCCUACUUACAUGUUGUCCUCGGUAUGUUCAGAAUCAGAGGCAUGAUACUAACUUUUGGUGAUACACCUCCGUGUGAAGCUGCAGGGGCUUCAUUGUGCAGACCUGUCUGAGCUCUUGGAUGAUCUAAGGAUGUGAAUAUUAAAUUGAAAAUGUGAAUCCUAAAGUUGUAGGCAGUAGAAAUCAAGCUGAACUGAUAUUAGCCUUGUCACUUCCAAUUGCUAGCUUUGCAGGGACACUCUAGUUGGAGGGAAGCUGGUGGAAGCUCCAGUAAUACUGGUGCGGAAGUAGUUUGUCAGUGCAGCUUGUCAAAUGUUCUUUUUUUCAAACAGGUAAGUUCUUUCUUGUUUCAYUAAAACCAUGUGUUGCCAGUUGCAGAUACAGUUUCCAUUGCUGUGUGUACAAACACAAUAUACUACAAAURUGUGUGCAAUAUGUCUUUUACAAACACACAACAUCUUGCUCUUAAAAAUCAAAAGAAAACUUAGUGCCUUGAGCACUAAGAUUGACUUGGAGGAGAUUUGGUAUCACUCAUGAGGUGAUCUGAACAUUUCAUUGUCCAGUAAGUACCAAUGGCCACACUUUCACACACUGUGACAAUCACUAUUACCUCAUAAAUUGCAGGUGCAAACACAGCUGCUCUGCUCUGCUAAAGGUUUGUAAUGUGACGUUGAAAAAGGYGAAAAUGUGAUCAUUAGUCUUUUUUCUUUACUGAGAAUCUUGUUUAUGUAAAAAAAAUUAUAACAAUCCAUCCAUGUAUGACAGUUGUGACAUAGCGCCACACUUAGGGAGUGCAGACAAAUUACAGUAUAGCUGUUUUAAGGAAUUUAGAAUUUAUUGCUCCUUGAAGGUAAUUAGGGAGUGAUGGGCAGCCCUAUAACUUUCACAAUGCACUGAAAGCCAAGCAAGAUUUUUAUCACCCUGAAGUUUAACUUUAGCUAUUACUGACUGCAGAAAUAAAGUCUUAUGUGUGUGUAUGUAUAUAAUAGUCUUGCAAAAGUACUUUGGAAACUUAGCAGCCCUGGACAGAGCUUCCAUUACCUCCUUAGCUAUAUAGAGGUUUGUGUCAUGAAAAGUGAAUGGACAUUUAUUUGCUCAAGUAGAAGGUAUUUCCAUACAAUAUCAGCAUGGAAUUUGGUCAGCAAUAAUGUCACUUCAUCUGUUGAAAUAUUUCACACCUGURGCUGUUAAGAAGCUCAACACUAUCCACAGGUAAACUUAAAUUUGGAGAUUACUCCAUAUUUCCUGCAUCUGCUCUUGGUCUCUGGGUAUUGCAUGAAACUCCUUCUUGAAGRUUCAUUUCUUGUUGUUUUAUUACUCGGGAAUACUAAUGUGGACCAGGACCACAAAACAAAGGCGCUUGUUUAGCAAUUACUGUAAUAAGUGUUCCACAGAAAKAUUGUUUUGAUUGGGUGUAGAUGAACCAAAUUCCAAACAAUGAGGUUUUUGGCUUUUUGCCUUAACUGAACAAGAAUUCAGCUCUCAACCUGACAAGGUACAGAGUGGGAUAAAAAGAAAAGGYAUUGAAAGGGUUUUGAACAAUGUCUUUGACAUUUUAAAUUUUCCAGUAGAUGUUUUAUGGUUCAGUAGCCCUGGUGUUAAUUUUCAGUACCAAAAGUGGGAGGAGAGCAGAUAUUGGAUGCAUGACCAAUUAAAACGCUUUUUCCAUCCCAUUAGAUAAACAGACUUUGACUGUUCUGGGGCCACUGGUUUUCUUUCUGGRUGGUCAUUAAAAAUUUCCAUGUUUUAUUUGUUUUAUUUAUUUGCUUCAUUUUUUUAUAAGAAACAGGUUAGCUGAAGUGUACAGUUGUGURAACUGCCGUGCACACACACAGAAUAUUUUACUUCAAUAUGGUAAAAUGGAAUAGAAAAAAAAAAUCCUGUACAAUUUAGAACAUAAAAUACCAGGUUGGUAAAAUGGAGACCUCUAAGUUUUCCUGCAAUUAUAAAACCAGCACUUGUAGUAAUCAUCAUGAUUUGUUCUUGAAAAUUCUCUCAGGAUCUCUCAUUGCCAGGCCUUUUUCCUGACAAGUUACAUCUGCAGUGAAACAAAAAUAAAAUGUUUAUCACAUUGAUUUUGAGAAAGGCCAGUCCUAAUAAGAUUUUAAUAAAUGAUGUUUGAGGUCCUGGGUUUUUUUCUGUGCAUAUGGGGCUUGCACAGGGUACCAAGACAGCUUGAUUGUUUUAGUYAGAAGGCCAGAAAAGGAGGAAAAUACAACUUUGCCUAGUUUUCCCUGAAUUCCUACCAGACUUUAAAAUAUGUAAGUUUUCAUAUAUUUAUGCUCUUUCCAGGGAAUAUUCUUUAGAGGAAGGAAUCACUGCUUGCUUCUGUGCAUUUGUGCUAGUAUUUACACRCUUGUAAACUAUGCAGACUAGCUGAAAUGUUUGGGKUUUUUUUCUUUCCACUACAAGUCAGGGUAAAGGAUGCAGACCUGGGAGAUUUGGAAAUGCCUAAGACUGGCCUGCCGGUGUACCUCAAUUAGAGCCUGGAGUUAAUUGCAUCAAAACAGUGAUUCCGCCCUCUGAUGAGGUGAUCUUCAUAGAAAUACCUAUAAAUCACAGUGUGCAUAUUUAAUUAUUUUUAAAAAUUAUUCAUAAUUGAGACCCAAAUGUUGGAAACAAAUGGUGUUUAGAGUUAAACUCCCUAAUCUCCAGUUAGGCAUAGAGCUGCAUUUGAAAAGGCAUUAUGUGUAACAGGGUUCAAAUUCCCCAGGCACACACAUUCCAUUUAUGGUAUUUUGAAGAGCAGAAUUUAGUAUUCAAGGCACCACUGUCCUCUUUAAGUUAGUGAAAGUUCCAAGAACUUUUUCAAAAUCUAAUUUCUACUCAAUUAUGUAAAUAUAAGUUUAGGAACAACAUUCUGAAACUACUUCUUGUGUUUUAACUAUAUUUUUUCCUUCAUAAAUA